CUCAAAACCAAAACAAAAAUACCCCUCUCUCUCUCUCUCUCUCUCUCUCUCAAACGGUAUCCAUGGCUUCUGUUCUUGCUAAAGGUAUUUCAUGUCUCUCUCCUCAACCCCACUUCGAAACACCCAAGCUUUCUAAAGGGUUUUACCCUAAACUCGAAACCCUGAAGGCUUCAAACCCUAAGAACCCUAACUCAAGAGUUUUCAAAAUCAGAGCUGAUGUUGGAUACGAAUCCAAGGCUGUCGAUUCGGACCUUCUAACAGGUAAGCCUUCAACCUUAAGCUCAAAUGGCGACGACCCGCUUCAUAAAUUCCUCAAACGCGAUUACAAGUGGGGGUUUACGCAAGAAAUCGAUUCGUUCACGAUUCCGAAAGGUCUUUCGGAGGAGACGAUUCGAUUAAUUUCAUCGCGUAAGAACGAACCCGAUUGGAUGCUUAGGUUUAGGUUGGAAUCUUAUGAGAAAUUCCUUAAAAUGACCGAACCCAAGUGGUCAGACAAUCGGUACCCUCCAAUCAAUUUUCAAGGUAUGUGUUACUAUUCAGAACCAAAACAGAAGCCGACUUUGAAUAGCCUUGAUGAGGCCGAUCCUGAGCUUGUUAGGUACUUUGAUAAAUUGGGUAUUCCAUUAAAUGAACGGAAUCGAUUGGCUAAUGUUGCUGUCGAUGCCGUUCUUGAUAGCGUGUCAAUUGCAACGACACAUAGGAAGACUUUAGAGAAGGCGGGUGUGAUAUUUUGUUCUAUAUCAGAGGCAAUUAGAGAGCACCCAGAAAAAGUCAAGAAAUAUUUAGGCAAGGUCGUGCCUGCUGAUGAUAAUUACUAUGCAGCCUUGAAUUCUGCUGUUUUUAGUGAUGGGUCAUUUUGUUAUAUACCUAAGGAUGUCAAGUGCCCCAUGCAAAUUUCCACAUAUUUUCGAAUAAAUGCAUUGGAAACAGGGCAAUUUGAGAGGACCCUUAUAGUUGCAGAAGACAGGAGUUUUGUGGAGUAUUUGGAGGGUUGUACAGCACCUUCUUACGACACGAAUCAGCUUCAUGCUGCUAUCGUUGAAUUGUAUUGUGCCGAGGGUGCAGAAAUUAAGUAUUCCACGGUGCAAAAUUGGUAUGCUGGUGAUGAGGAAGGGAAGGGAGGGAUCUAUAAUUUUGUUACAAAGCGGGGUCUUUGUGCUGGGGAUCGAUCAAAGAUAUCUUGGACGCAAGUGGAGACAGGGUCAGCCAUUACUUGGAAGUACCCAAGUGUUAUUUUAGAGGGUGAUGAUACAGUGGGUGAGUUUUAUUCUGUGGCACUGACAAAUAAUCAUCAGCAGGCAGACACAGGGACAAAGAUGAUACACAAGGGGAAGAAUACUAGAAGUAGAAUCAUCUCAAAGGGCAUUUCAGCUGGGAAAUCGAGAAACUGUUAUAGGGGACUGGUUCAGGUUCAGUCAAAGGCAGAUAAUGCUCGGAACUCCUCACAGUGCGAUUCAAUGCUUAUUGGUGAUAAUGCAGCUGCCAACACUUACCCAUACAUCCAGGUGAAGAACCCCUCAGCGCGCGUAGAACAUGAAGCCAGUACCUCCAAAAUUGGUGAAGAUCAGCUAUUCUACUUCCAGCAGAGAGGAAUUGACUACGAGAAAGCCAUGGCAGCCAUGAUCUCUGGGUUUUGCAGGGAUGUUUUCAAUGAGCUUCCUGAUGAAUUCGGUGCUGAAGUGAAUCAGCUCAUGAGCUUGAAGCUUGAAGGCUCUGUUGGUUAGGUAGCAGCUGUAGUUUUAAUCAAUGUUCCUCAUUGCUGCCAACGAGAAUCAGAACUUUUACUUGAUUUACUUUUGAGUCUCAAAAUGUAGAGAAAACCUUUGUGUAACGUUUUGUAUCAUAAACUGCUACGAUUUCAACUUUUUGUAUCAUAAACUGGUAUGAUAGGCUUCUUACUCGAUUGUAAAUGAAUAAACUUGUGCUCGUUUUCUA